CCAAAUCAUCACAACCAAAGAUGGCACCUGCAUGCUGGGUUUCCGAGCCAACAUUAACGUUUUCUCUAUCGCAAAACCGUCAAUUACCCACGAUGGCAACAGGGCGUUAUUCAACACCCCCGGCAAUGGUAUCGCCAACGCAAUUCCUGCCUGAUAAUGUUGCUACACCCUCCGGGAAUACCAUGGCUCCUAGCUCAAAUGCACAUGAUGAACAAGGUACAACAAUAGUCCAUUUAGCGCAUAGGCCGCGUAACCAGGCAGUGUACCAAAAGCUACAGUUGGAACGAUUGGAGGAGGAAAUGCGAAUACAGCAACAAUUUAUUUUUUUUGUGGAUCCAGACGAAUCGCCGCUUUUCACCAACAGCUUCGAAAACAGUACUGCUGUUGCUGGCUACACUUAUGCCGAGAAUUUGAAACGAUUAAAAGCGUGCCUUAAAGGUAAAGCACGUGAGAUGGUAAAAAGUAAACUAUUCAUGCCAUCCAUGGUACCUGAAAUCAUUAAAACUCUUAAGAUGUGUUUUGGUAGACCGGAAUAUAUUCUCGAGCGGUCAGUAAAUCGAACACGUGCUCUUCCACCGGUUUAAGAUAAACUAGAAGC